AUGCCGGCCGCCGAAGCAUCCCCCGUCGCACCUCCCGAGUCCGGUUCUGUCAAGAUGGAAGACCGGAAGAGAGCUGCCACACAUGAUAAUGACUCGGCUCCCCCCUUGAAGAAACAGGCCACUUCGGUCAAUGGUGGCAGUAAGCCCCAUCCCGAUGCUGAUAUGCCCUGGAAAGAUGAUCUCGAGCGAUUUCAAAAGGACGCCAUCUGGCGUCAAAUGCAGGAGUACAAACGUGAUAAGGUAUCCCUGGAAGCGAAAUUAAAGGAGUCGUCGAAGGCCACCGCCUACCACGGCGACCAUCUUCGUAUAAUCGAUGCAUGGUAUACUCAACUGAUUGACGAGGUCAAGCUCCUUCUUGGUAGCGCUGAUGAAAGUAGCAAGGAUCGCUCGUCAUUCCAGAGCGCGCUGCAGUUUGAAGACGUGGAUAAUUUUGAACAGCAUCUGAAGUCCCGUUCUGAUGACAUACGUGACAUUAUCUCCCGCCUUGUCGCCAAGUCUCCGACAAGUCCUCCCGAGGUGUCGAAUCUGCAGUCUCAACUUGCGAGGAAACUAGCCGAAGAGAAAGCAACCCUCGCGGAACUCAAUAAAGCGCUAUCCGAAAAGCAGCAGUUGGAAGAAAGUCUGGAGGAAGCUUCGCUACGGUACAUGGUUGCCGAAAAGAAACUUGAUCGCGCAAGGAGCUUGACUGUUGCCAAAUUAGAAAAACAGUAUAUAUUAGGCGCUCAGCGACCGGGUGGUGAUAGUGCAUCUGGUAAUCGUGAAGAGCCACCAGCGACGAAUGGCGCCACGCCUACGAGUGAACGGACACCAGACUCCGAUGAGACUUACAGCAAAUUGGCAGCCGUUUCCGAGAAGCAGAAAGAGCAAAUCCAGAAAUUGGAAGCUGAGAACGCCAAUCUACUCAGUCAGAUCACGGAGAUCAGUAUCAAGAAAACGAAACUCACCGACGAUGACUAUGCACAUACAGAUUUGUUCAAACAGUUGAGAUCUCAAUACGAGGACGUGGUCAAGCGGAUAAACAAUUUAGAGGCAAUUAACGUACAGCUUCGUGAGGAGGCAGCGAAAUUACGGUCCGAACGGACGGCAUACCGCAAUCAAGUCGACGAAGAGACACAAAUCGUUGUGGCUGAGAAGGAGGCACAAUUGGUGAAAACCGAAAACGAUCUGGCACGGAUACGUAACACACGCGAUGAGCUUUUGGCCGAUCAGCAGAUGCGGAAGUCCGCACAGGAGCAAGAGAGAACCGCGACACUCAAGAUCCAAGAGCUUGCGGACGCUGGAAAAGCUCAAAUCGACGCGUUAGAAUCGGAAGUUGAACGGUUACGGAUAGAACUUGGGCGAGAGAAAAGCGGGCAACCGGAUAUCAAUGACAUUGCAGCUGAGGAGCUGCGUACAAAGUACAACAAUUUGGAACGCCAAUAUACGAUGCUCAAUACGGAAUUAGCGUCUAUGCAAACUGCCUGCAAGAAGUAUUCCUCAUUGGCAUCUCAGAAAGUUGCCGAAUUCAGCGCCAUGGAAGAGAAGAUGUCACGCCUCGCGGCGGAAAAAUCCAAGGCAGACCAGAAAUAUUUCAGCGCGAUGAAGAGCAAGGAGGCUAGAGACAUGGAAGUUCGAACGCUGCGAAUGCAAAAUUCGAAGAGCUCUGAUAUCGUUUCUCAGCUAAAGGAAUCAGAAGCGACAACCCGGUCUUUACUUGCCAACAUGGAAAAGCAGGUCAGCGAGACCAAGGAAGCAUUAAACAGCAUAGUGAAUAAAUACCACGCGUCGCAGCAACAGGUUACGGAAAACAACAUCAUAAUGGAAGGAUUGCGAGGACAGAUUACCGAGCUUAAGGCACUGUCCGUUUCCAAGGAUUCAACUCUGGCGUCGACGUCGAGCGCUUGUCGUCGAGCUGAAACGGAGGUCGAGGGACUCAAGGCAUCACUUGCAGAUACGAAAAAGAGUCUGGACAACUGGAAGAAUAAGAGCCUUGGGAAUUCUUCCUCGGAGUAUGAGAUGCUCAGAUCACUCGCUAUCUGCACAGUCUGCCGCAAAAACUUCAAGAACACAGCGAUCAAAACAUGCGGGCACGUCUUCUGCAAAGAAUGCGUGGAAGAGCGCCUCACGUCUCGUUCUCGGAAAUGCCCGAAUUGCAACCGAUCCUUUGGCAAUAAUGACUAUAUGCAUGUCACGCUGUGA